UCCCCGGAGUCACGUGGUCCGGGCGGGUUAAAGGGCAGGGGGUCCUGCUCGCUCGGUUUCUGACCGGAAUGGAGAGCCGCAUCAUUACCCCGGGGCCCUAUAGGGCCACCAAACUGUGGAAUGAAGUCACAAAGUUCUUUCGGGCAGGGAUGCCUUUAAAGAAACACCGGGUACACUUCAAAUUGUAUGCAAAUUGUUUCACCGCAUCGGAGGCCAUCGACUGGCUCCACCAUCUUUUGAAGAGCAACAGUAACUUUGGAGCAGAAGUGACCCGACAGCAGACUAUCCAACUGCUGAGGAAGUUCUUGAAGAACCAUGUUAUUGAAGAUCUCAAGGGAAGAUGGGGCUCGGAGGAUCUGGAUGACAAUAAUGCUCUUUACAGAUUUCCUUCUACAUCCCCAGUAAAACCAGUCCCGAAUCGUCAUCCAUUGUGGAAGAGAAGCAGUUUAGAAAAUGUAUUCAAAGAGAGAGAGAAUCUAUUCAAGCUGCCACAUUUCUCAAGGAGAACCCCUAAAAAGCCAGACUUUAAGGUCGAGCAAGAAAAUGACGUGUGCGAGACGGAGGAGGAUUUUGUAAAUGAUGGCCCUAAAGAGCUGAGCAAAAAGGACAUAGAAGAAAUCUGGGGAAACAUUACUCUGAUACACCUUCAGAAAAUCUUGGCCCUGCCAUCCUUGGAAGAAGUGUUAAAUCCAGCUCAAAUAAACCCCAACCAUAUUAUGUACAACAUGACACACACCAGCAAACAUGGCGUUGUUGUCCUUGAAGAAAAGACAGAUGAUCUUCCCCAUUGGGUGUUAUCUGCUAUGAAAUGCCUUGCAAACUGGCCACGGAAUAAUGACAUGAGCCAGGCAACCUAUGUUGGGUUUGAACGUGACGUCUUCAGAACUGUUGCUGAUUAUUUCCUGGGUCUCCCCGAACCCCUCCUUACAUUUGAGUAUUAUGAGCUUUUUGUUAAUAUAUUGGUUGUCUGUGGCUACAUAACGGUUCCUAACAGGCUUAAUGAAAAGCAUACACUCCAGAAAAACAGGUCUUCUCAGCAACACUCCAAAAUGCUACAUUCAAACCACGCUAACUUUAAGUCCACCGAAUGCCUGCUUUUAAGUUUGCUGCGCAAAGUGCCCAAUGAAGAAGAGGAAGAGGAAGAUGAUCAAAGUUUUGGAGAAAUUGCCAGGGAACAAAAAAUAGGAGCACAUACACACUUGUCCAAUUCGAUCUGCAGAAAUCAAAAGGACGGCAAGCUUGUCGGAGGCAGUUGCCAAAAUCUUUCUUUCCCUCAGAAUGGCAUGGAUGCACCAAGCAAAAUGAAAGCACGGAGCUGUUCUAUGGAACCAAUCCUUGAUCUGGAUUCCGAAAUCAGUGGCCAACACUCUCCUGAUAGUACCGCUGUGCCCUCCAAAAAUAAAUCUGAAUCUAUCAAUUUCCUUCCAUCUAAUUACAACAAGCAGAGACCUUCUGACUGCAGGACUAGCUUUGAUGAUUCCCAUAAUCGACUGAGAUCCAGAAGGCUUUCUAGAUCACACAGCAUGGGUGAUGAUCUUGAGUCUUGUUCUAGCAUAAAUACACCCGUUGCUGAGAUCACAGUCCGACCUGGGCAAUACAGGACACAAAAGCGGUUGCCUUCUCUUACAGAAAGCGAAUCUAUGGAUCUGGGGAUCACUGUAACCAAAAGAUUGUGUCAGAGCUCAAUGGAACUCUCUAACAGCACUGUUCCCACAAACUCUUCCCAAAACUGCCCAAGCACGCAAAGAUUGCUGCAGCCUCAUUUAGAGAGGGUUGCAAUCGAGGCCCUCCAGCUCUGUUGUUUGCUUCUUCCACCUGCAAACCGAAGAAAACUUCAGCUGCUUAUGCGAAUGAUUUCACGUAUGAGUCAGAACGUGGACAUGCCACGGCUUCAUGAUGCCAUGGGAACCAGAUCCCUUAUGAUCCAAACUUUCUCCCGCUGUGUGUUGUGCUGUGCUGAGGAGGUGGAUCUGGAUGAAUUACUUGCUACGAGAUUGGUUUCUUUCCUUCUUGAUCAUCACCAAGAUGUCCUUCAAGUUCCAUGUUACCUACAGACUGCUGUUCUCGAUCACAUGCAGUAUCUACGCCGGGCACAUGUGAAGGUUGCAGAUGGCGUACCUGCCUACUAUUUUUGUAAGCAGAUCAGUAAACAAGAAUUUGAGGCUCAGAGACUUACCACAUCACAAGCUGCCAUUGAAGAACUUCUAGAGAACAUUAUUAAGGACCGAAAUCUGUCUGUUAAAGACAAAAAGAAAAAGCUCAGACAGUUCCAGAAAGAAUAUCCUGAGAUCUAUCGCAGCCGUUUCCCAACCACAGAAAGUGAAGCUAAACUCUUUGAACACAAACCUACAAUCAAGCAACCAAUGUUGGUUUUGAAGAAGCCAAAGUUCCAUAGCAUAAGAUACUGACCUGCGCACUCACCAGGAUACCAGAGUUGUUUUGACUUUGCUUGAUGGCAAAUAUUUUUUUACAAUUCAAACCUUAAGGAAUAUUACAAGCCAUAUGAGGAAUAGAACAUUCCACCCUAGAAUUACCUUUUUAUAUUUGACAAAUUAAGUUUGUGUUUUUGGAAUUAUUUCCUUGUUUUUACAUUUUAAGGAAAUUGCAUUUUCCUAAAAACGAGGAUGCAAAUGGCAAGCUGUUAACAAGAUGCCUUUGAGUAGGAGUACCAGAAUGUCUGUCUGAAACUUGUGCCCUUCAUAUGUGUUUAUUGAGGAUUAGUUCCCCCCCCCCUUCCCCUAAACAAGUUACCUUCUGACCUGGUUUUAUUUUAUUUAUUAUUUUUGUAUAGUGUGCCCUUUUCACUCAAAUGGGGAAAGUACGGAUCUACCUCGCUGAUGAUGGAGGUUUUUGAAGGGUGUUUUUACAGCACCUGAAAAAUAAAUCAUGUGAUUAUGAGCUCCUGUCCAUGUCUAACCUUAUCUCCUUUUUUAUUUUUAUAUAAAAUUAAAAAUAUAUAGUAAUCCUCCCCACCCCUAAAUAUUUUGCUAAGAAAACUGGAUCAGGGUGUUUUAAUUUAAAAUAAUUUUUGUCCUUCGAUAGCCUUCUGAACAGGUUAUGUAUACACCAGCAACCAACUUAAAGGAUCACUAUAGUGCCCUGAGGGUGCCCCCACCCUCAUGGCCCCCCUCCCGCCGGGCUGAAGUUGGAGGAAGGGGUUAAACACUUGCCUUUCUCCAGCGCCGGGCUCCCUUGGCGCUGGGGACUCUCCUCCUCCUUUGGAAGUCAUCGACUG